GGAACGUGCGAACUUAAACCUCUGCACCACUGGGCUGGCCCCAUCUGAACCAUUUUUAAGUAAUUUGCAGAACACAUAUCACUUUUUCCCUGAAUAUGUCAGCUCGUGAAUCCUAAAUCUCCCAAAAUUUAGCACUCUGUGGGGAGGUUUUGGAAGCUGCUGCACCGUGCUCCAAGGGGGUCUGUGCACAUCGCCCUAGUCCUUGAGAAAGUGUUCAGUGCGCACAGGCGUGACCGUCUGACAUGUAAGAGCAAAGAAAGCACACAUUCAUUAUCAGGCCCUGUGCUGGGUGUUUGACGGAUGGUCUCCUGUUUGAUCCUCUCCACGACGGUAUGAAGGAGACGUUAUGCCCAUUUUGGAGGAAGUUGAAGUUCAGAGAGGUUAAGUAACUUGCUCAAGUGCACACAGUGGCAUUCUUCACCCCAGGCCCAUUUGACACCAUGGGAUUAUACAACACUUACCUCUCCUCUGUAUCUUCUUCUCUGCAUGAAUGCAUGAAGGCAUUUCGUGGGCAGUGUGGACAAAUCGGAAGCCAUCUGAAUGUCCUGCAGUGCGGGAAUGAGCGGGCAGACGGUGAUCUGUGCACUCGUGUGAAUGUUCUGUGUACGAAUAUUCUGAUUAUUGAUCGUGAACAUGCAACAUGGAAAUUGCAUGUGUCGUCCAGGUGAGAGAAAACAAGCAGGACAAGAGCUUAUACACACCGUGACCCAAACCAUGUGAAAACCCCGUGCUUGGAGAGGGCCAAGAAGAGAAACACAGAAGUGGUUGGGUUAGGAUGAGCAGGAGUAUUAAUUUUUUUUUUCUCUUUCAUCUUUUUCAAACUCUUUGCAUUGGGUGAUUUUGUUAAUUUUAUAAUAGAAAUUUUUAACCCAAAAUAGCCAUUUAUACCCACUUUCCAGUGUGUAAGCUCCUGGCAAGGGAAGGCUCUGCUCUGUUGAUGGCUAUUCUUUCAUUUUCCGAUGACCAGCCCCAUGCCUGACAUGUUAUGGACGUAAUAAAUGUGCUGGACGAGUGCCCACUGGGAAACCUCUCCGAGAGGCUUGGCCCAAGAGCGUGUUUGCAGAGAGCUUCCGCCAGCUGGCCUCCGCGAGAGCAAUCGCAGGCCAGGUGUAUGUCAUGGGCUGGGGUGUUUGCUGGGUGGUGAGCUCUCCUGGUCCAAGCAGAAAGGGGCUGCCAGGGUGUAGGGACCCUUCUGGCCAUUCAGCACCACCACGGGCAUUUAGUGCUAAUAAGAACCAUGUGGGAUAAACAAACUCCGGCUCAUCCGGAAACAGAUUUUAUGUCAUUCUCAGACUUUCUAAAUUGAUAAUAAUGUUGUAUGAACAGCUGUUAUUUAUUGUGUGCCUACUAGAGGCCAGGCUAGAUGCAUUUACAAAACCAUUCCCUCGUUUCAUUGUCCCAACCACCCUAAGAAUUUGCAACUGUUAUCUCCCUUUUAUCGAUGAGGAGACUGAGGCAUAGAGGGUUCCAGGGUAAGUCUCAGUUUUGCCAAGAACUUGACUUUCAGCAAACCACAGGCCUUCUGGGCUUUGAUUUCCUUGUCUGUGAACAACGGCAGGUGACGCUAGUUGAGUGUCUACUAUGUGCCAGGCCCAGCAGAGCGGAGAAUGUGAGGCCACCUUCAACAAACAAGCAAACUGGAUCGACUCCACUGGCCUGUCUAUGCCAGAGCUUCACACAGCACGUUCCCUGGUGGGAUAAACCCAGUUGGUUCUGUUUGUUUGGGUUUGUUUUACUUUCCCAAGACCAAAUCUUUUGAGCCACUGGUCACACCCCGUCACUCCUUGUUCCUAGACAGCAGGGGCAUCUUCAGUGGCCGUGCCAUUUGUUAUCCCCUGCUGGGGAGCUUGUUAAAAUGCGGUUCCCUGUGUCCAGCCCCAAAUUCACUGGAUCUAGGCGGGACCCAGGAGUUUGCAUCUUAAAAGACCUUCAGGUGGUUCCGAGCUGCCAGUCUUGUUAUGGUCAACUUGGGCCAGCCGUGAACUGUUACAGUGGCCUUUAUCCUCUGAGAUUAAACCUGCAAAUGCUUGGGCUGUUAUCAACCGAAGCCCGUUUUCAUCUGGAGGGACCCAGUGGCGUUAUGAACGUGUGUAAGGAUGGCAAAUUUUGUACUCUGUACUGGGCACUUGUAAAUUUCUCAUUGACAGAACAUUCUCUUCAAACCUUAGCUCCAUGGAGCUCAGCAGGCCACGUGUCGUUGCGUGUAAAUUCCAAGAACACUUAAGAAACUUACAUAUAUUAUUUUCUGUCUUUAAGAGAGAAGAGAGGCAGGCGAGAUGACCGUGGAAAAUGAAACAUCCCCAAAAAGUGGCAAUCGAGAAUGCAUGUUUGAAAUAUUAAGAAAGGGCAGAUUUGAGGCUCUCUUACCUAUCAGGAGAAUUUUCAUCUAAGAGGAAAGAAUACAUCUGCAUUUAAAGCUCUUAAGUUUAGAAACACUGUCGUGCAUUCCUAGGCCAGUGCUACACAAAAGGACGGCCCGUGGACUGAUACUGUUCUGCACAGUGUUAGCAAGCCAAGAGAAAUCAGAAUGAAGCUUAGAAACUCCUAUAGUUUGACGUUGCCAUGACGACAUCCAAGCAGGUGAUGGCGGCUGCAUCUUGAACAGGGUGUGGACCACUGUGAGCAUCACUGACUUCGUCUGGCAGUUCACGGGACCUGGAGCUGCCUGUUAGUGUUAAUUCUUCAAGGGAUUCCAAUAAAGCUGAUCCUCCACUGCAGAGAGUUUGAGAAGCUCCGGGUAUGGUGAAAAAUGGUGAGAGUUUGCAGUGGGAGGUGUGCUCUUAAGCUUAAGAGUAGAAAGUAGGAGACGAGUUGGGGAAACGUGGAAGACUUCUCACUCCCAUCCUCCAGAUCCCAACAAGCAGUUCCUGCAGACGGGAGUCCGCUGCCACACCAGCUGGCCGCUCUAUUUUGAGCCCUUCCGCUUGUCCCAUAGGAUUUGUUGAACCCUGGUCAUGGAGCCCGUGGGAGAGAUUUGCUGCUCCGGGCUGGAGCAUGGUGGUUCAAGAGAUGGCCUUCGGAGCUGUGACCUUGGUCCACUGACUCUGCUUCUCUACAAUUCAGAGUUUAGAAAGGGGAAUGACAGUCCCUCCUGGAAGGGUUCUCGUGGGAGACAGAAGUAAAAUAACAUGCCAGGGGCUCCGCACACUGUCUGCACUUGGGGAAGGGAGGGUCUUUCGUGUUGUUUUGUCUACAUUAUUUGAACGAGUGGAUUGCAUUGUGGGUCUCCAGGAAGUUGCCAGCCGCCCUCCCUGUUUCCGAGUUCCUGUGUGUGUGCGUGUGCAUGUGUGUGUGUGUUCUGUGCCCUUGGUGGUGGUGGCGGUGGUGGUGGGGUUGUCAGGAAACAGCCAUCAGUUUCCUGCUGAUUAACUCAGUUCCUGGAGGGCCCUCCCUAGCAGCAAGGGAAGCCUGGCCUGCCUCACCGACCUGCUCUCCCGGCCCUUCUGGGAGGCCCACGUGCCCUCCAGCUGCCCAGGGCCCAGGACACCCUCGCAGGCCUGUGGAGCCUGCCUUUGUUCUGGUCCGGGUGCAGCUGCCUCCCGUUUUGCCUGCAGGUGUGUUUCCCUUGCACACCUGGCACCUGUGGGACUCGGGCCUCUUCCAAGUCACCCCCCCAAGUUGGGCCUAAGAGGUUUUGCUCUUCUGAACUGCGAGCCCUUGGAAAUGGUGGUGUUAGGGUCCCCUCCCCCUGCAGAGAAGGAGGUCUGAUGGCAGGGGUCCCAGGAGGGAGCCCAGGCCAGGGCAGCAGACCCCAGGAUCUGCCUGCGGGUAGAAGGGGAGUCUGGGGGGCUCUGCCUUUGGUCUUCAGAAAGGAGGUUCUGGCAGCAGGGAGAGGCUAGGGUAGUGUUGGGAUUUGGGGGUCCCUGGCCUGCAUAAAGGAUCAGCAGAGUAAGGGAGCCCAGUUGGGGGAGGGGCUGGGUCUGGUAUGAGCCCGUGGUCAUGUGCUGGGCUGCAUCUCCUCUCCACUGCGCUUGGAGACUUGGCGACACCAUGCACAGUGGUCCCUAAAAUGUGGGGGCCACAACAUGAGGCCAUGGUCCUGGUCCUAAACAGUUCAGCUAUCUGCAGGGUACCAGUGCCGAGCAGAGGCUUCCUCCUGGGACCCCCAGCUCCCCCAGCAGCAGCAUCCCCUCCCUGCGCAGAGGAGCCCAGCUGCCGGCCAACAGGGAAAAGCUGGUCUCCGGGCCGGCACUGGGUGUCAGGCUGCUGCUUGCACUGGGGCCGGGCCGGGACCACCUUGUGCCUGGUGUGUGUGGCAGACCCUCACAGCUUCUUGAAUGACUGCACUUCCCAGCACACAUGCCACUCCGUGCACACUCCCCGAGCCCGGCCGGCUCUGCGAGCUCUGCGGCUCCUCUGCAGCUCUGCGGCUGGGCCAGGAGCCCUGUGCUCGCUAAUCCCCGGGCUGAGUCAACAGCGUCGGCCGCGUGUUUGGUUAGCAAACAGGGAGCUGUGCCGGGGCAGGGCGGCCCACCGCCUCUCUGCUCCCACCUUUCUAGCAAAAUGUCCUCUGCAAAGGUCAGCCAGGACCAGCUAUGUAAUUUGCGGGGGAGGGCCUGGUGCAAAAUGAAAAUGAGGGCCCCUUCUUUGAAAAUUAGUGAGAAUUUCAAGACAGCAACAGCAGAGCGUGAGGAAGCCGGGCCCAGGCCGUCCUCGGCCUGGGGCCCGUGGGACUGCAUGCACCCUGAGGUCAGCAGGUCCCCUCCUUGUGAAGUUCUGGUCCUUCCGAGUGUGGCAAAAUUGGGCUUCUCUUUGGUGGAAGAGGGACUUUACAUCCAAACCAGCUGCCAGCCCUGAACACACUGUCCCCACCCUGUCCCACAACAGCUUUUCUCAAGGCUGGAGUGACUUCCCCCUCAACUUCUCCUUUCUGUGCUUCUCUACCCCGGUUCCCCCUUUCUUUGUAAACUCAGAAAGCUUUUGAGAGCCUUCCUCCCUCCCUCCCACUCCUCCUCCUUCUUUCUUUCUUCUCCUCCAUCCUCGCUGCCCUCCCCCCUCUCUCCCUCGCUUCUGUCUGGGGAAAUCCUGUCCCGUGUUUGCUCUAUAGCGUUUCCCAUCCAUUCAUUUGGUGCUGUUUGAUUUUAAUGUCCCUUUGAACGCCAUCAGCCUCCGGGAGCGCUCCUUGGGCUUCCGAAGCCUCUCUCUGAAGUGGCUCAAGCGAGCACCUUCCCCCACUGAGGGACAUCCCUUCGGUGGCCUCUGGCUCUGUCCAGAUGGUCUCUGCCCGUUGGGAGCCUGGAAUGAAUUCUCAUUGUUCGCGUUCAUCACUCACCACCUCCUCCCCACAUUCAGCUGUCAGCCCUACUGGCCACAGUGGAAAGAAAGCCUGCUCCAUUCUUCCUUAUGACACCCUACAGGCCCUGGUGACAGACCUGGCCUCAGUUCCCAAAGACAGCGGCUUCCACAGCUCCCACCCAGGCCUAGAGCUGGGGGGCGGGCUGUGUGAAGGGGUUAAAUAGAUAUGCCUAGUGGGACUGUGUCCCGGCCUUCCCUCGCACUCUCCACACAGUAGCCAGAAGGAUUCUCAAAGCAGCCAUUGGUUCCUGACACUUCCUUGCCUAAGACCCUCUUCUGGUUCCCCGAUGCCUGAGAAUGGCGUCCAUAUCCUGUGUGUGGCCUGCAAGGCCCCGCCUUCCCGGAGAGGCUGGCAGCCCAGGGUUACUGAAGAGACGUUGAGCCGCACCUUGAAGGAUGAGAGAGGUUUGGGAAGAUGGAAAGAAGGAGAAGGAACUUUACAGGGAAGGGAUGGCUCAGAGGACAGGUGGAAGGUGGAAGUCGAGAAUGGCUGGGGAGAAGGGGACAGCAGGACUGGGGAAAAGUCUGGCUCAGCUCUGAGGACCUGGUCUCUGGGAGAUGGUACUCAACCUUGGUGCACAUUCGAAUCAUGGGAGGGGCUUUUAAAAAUUACCAAAGACUCUGGGGGUGGGUACAUCCAGGGUCUAUGUGUCUGCUCCACCAGGGCCACAAGUCUGGGCAUCCCCUACGGGCACUUCAGGAAACUGGCAGGAGUCAGCUACCACUCUUGCCCACAGCUGGAAUGCACUGGGACUUUUCUGUGUUGAUGGGAAGGCCACCUUGCUCAAUCAGCUCUGAGCCCCUGGCCAGAAUGAACUAAGGGAGCACUAAGCAGAGAUGGGACCCCUGGAGAGUCAGUUGGAAAGGACCCUCUUCAGAAGGGGAAACUGAGGCCUGAUCACCAGUGAGUACCACGACCCGGUAGCAGAGCCUGGGGUUUCCAGCCUUCGCCACCGCCUGGCGAGGUGAGGGCUAGCUAGAACGGAACAGGGGCGGCAUGCUUCCGACUGUUAGAGCAUCCUCAGCACUCAUAAUCCCCACCAUCUGGGUCCUUUUCUCUGACCUUCAAAUGUGGGGUACCAGGAUGCUUGCUUGAAGAUGAGGGAGGCAGGGCUUCUGCCCUCAAAGAACUCAAGAUCUGGGGGUGGUGAUGGGCCCAGGAAGAAAUCUGGAUGCUGUCUCCAGACCUGUAAGAGACAGGCUUGAGGGAGAAGAGAUGCGUUCCCCAGGGGAAGACUUGAUGAGGAGGCAAAGAUGCAAGUGAGAGUCUGAGUGUAGUGUCUACCUCCUUAACCCUUCAGGCCUGGCUUUCCUGCCAAGAUGCUGAACUAAAUGCAGGAGCCACUAGUCUGAGCCCAGGUAUUGAUUUUCCUCAGGCGGCAGGGCUGGGCGGGGCCGGGGCAGCUAGGGCCCGAGGCUGGUUUUGCACAGCCCUGACUGUGCACCCGAGUGCAGUUCAGACACUCUUUCCUGUGCGCGCCGUGCAGACUGGGAACACUGCGGUAGCCCAUCUCUUCAUCCCGGGCACGCCGCUUUCUGCGUUGGGCAGCUUGGGUAACAAACCAAAGAUUGGCCCAACCGAUGCAAAGAACAAGACACAGCUCCCCUGCGUGGUCUGUUUGCUCAUACCUUUUUGUGCUGAAAAUGUCCAGCCUAACAGAAAAGCUAAGCGCCUUCAUCUAGAUUCACCAGUCAUUACCAUUUUGCCGUGUUUGUUUUCUCUUACUCUCUUUCACGUGGUUUUGCUGAAUCAUUUGAAAGUGGGUUACAGGCAGCACGAUGCUUCACCCCUAAAUACUUCAGCGGGGGUCUUUUAGGAGUGUGGAUGUUCCCCUGCAUGACUACGAUAGCAUCAUCACCCCUAAGAUUGUCAUCAUUCAGGGUGGACGGUCCCCGACUUAGGAUGGUUCAGUUUAAGAUUUUUUGACUUUACGAGGGUGCAAAGCCACACUCAUUUAGUAGAAACCUUACUGUGAAGUUGAAUCUUGAUCUUUCUUGGGCUAGCAAUAUGCCUUACGAGCCUCUCUCGUGAUGCUGGCCGUGGCCGUGAGCUGCAGCUUGCCGUGGGCCCUGUGAUCACGAGGGUGGACAGCCGAUACAGUUCCAGCCGUCUGUACCCCGACAGCCGUGCUGUUUUACACUGUCCGUACAGUAGUCAAUAGAUUACAUGAGAUAUUCAAUACUUUAUCAUAAAAUAGGUUUGUGUUAGAUGACUUUUCCCAACUGCAGGCUAAUGUAAGUGUUCUGAGCACGUGUCAGGUGCACUGGACUAAGCGAGGAUGUUCGGUCAGUUAGGUGUAUUAAAUGCAUGUUCAACUUACAAUACUUUCAACUUACGAUGGGUUUUUGGGCUGUAACCCCAUCGUGAGUCAAGGAAGAUCUGUAAUAUCAUCUGAUAUGCAAUCAUACGCCACAUAACAUUUCAGUCAACCACAGACCGCAUAUGCAGCAGUGGUUCCAUAAGAUGAGUACCAUAGAGCCCACGUGUGUAGCAGGCUAUACCACCUAGGUUUAUGUCAGUGCAGUCUGUGAUGUUGACACAAUGACGAAAGCUCCUAAGGAUGCAUUUCUCAGAACAUGUCCUCAUCAUUAAGCGACCCGUGACUGUGCAGUCCUAUUCAAAUUUCCCCAGUUGUCCUCCAAAAAUGUAUUUUAGGCUCUUUUCCUGAUCCAAAAAGCCUCAUGUGUUGCAUUUGGUUGUUAUAUUUCUUGAGCUUCUUUUAAUCUAGAACAGUGCCCCUGCUUUGUGUGAGUGUGACAGUGGCCUUGCAGAGUCCAGGCAGGCCAGUUGUCUUGCUGCAUGGACUCUGGCUUUGUCUGAUGGAGGACGCUCAAGUUAAGUUUGCAUAGUUUUGAAACUCACCUGAUGAUUGCUUCAUUGUGUCUAAAAAAGUCCUAAGGCAGAGGGUACAGUUGUCCCCUACCCCUGUGUGAAUUAUGGGAUAUCCUGUCCAGCCACCCAGAAAAAGAGGUGGCAUUAUAUUUACAAAAUGUGUCAGCUGACCGUAAAGGUCAUUGCACCUGACCCACAGCAUCCUGGCCCGGUUGGGCAGGCAUUCUCUUUAUUUAGUGCAUGGGAUUCUGAGAGGUUGUGGCUGUGCCCAGGUCCACAGCAUGAGGCGGAGCAGAGCCCGGCCCUUCUGACCCACCAUUCUGGGUGGCAGCUGGGAGAUGAGCAGAGUUGAUGCCUUUGCUGUGCUUGUCCCAGGACUGGGUACGUUACCGACCUGUACCCAACGUGUGCAUCUCUGAGUCCUAGACUGAGAAUGUUGAAUGUACUCAAAUAUGGUCUAACGUGUCUUGAUGACGCCGAGUCAUGCUUCUGAGUCUAGUUACUGAACCAUGGGCUGAGUGCUGGAGUUGCCUGCCCCCCCCAAAUGGUCCCAGGCUGCCAUGUGAUGAUUUUCAUCCCGCACCAUUGCUGUCAGCUGUCACAGUCUCCAGCAACAGUGUCCCCUCCACCUCCGUGCUCCUCCUCCUAAUUCUCACCUCGCAUCUGCUGCAGUCUGGAAAGCCAGAUAGACAGGCUUCUUAGAACUGAGUCCAAAGGCUGCAAGUGAGGGGCUCUGUCCCGUGGAGGGAGGAGUGACCAUGACACCAAAGACCCGUCUGGGAGACACCCACAUCGGGUUGACUUCUGAGCUUUCUGGUAUACUCUACAUUCUCUAUUCUUGGGGGAAUUCGAGUUUCCCAGAGAAGAGACCUCUGGACAAGUGGGGCAUUGCUGUUCCACGAUUCAAGUUUAAAAGGCUUAGAAAAGACCAUAACGUACAGCAGAAGUGGCUGCUGGGAACGAUGGGCACGUGUGUGUGAGUACCAGGGCACGAGGGCACCGUGGACGCAGUGACCAUGAUGCUGGGUGCCGUGCAAACUCAGGCUGGGGUUUGUGAGGGGUCCCAGGGCUCAGGCCGGCGCGCUCCGACCACCCUGCUCCCCGUGCGUGGAUCUGCUGCCGUCGCCCACGUCGGCUGCAUUAAUACACCCCCCGCUGUUCCUCAGGGUCUGGGCCCCUGCAUGGCUCUAGGAGCACCCUGCUCUCUGGGUCUCCUGGUCUCCAGGAGAACGGUCUCUAGUGCUUCAGAUCUUGUUGUUAAAGCCACUGGCCCAUAUUCUGCAGGUUUUUUCCCCAAGGUACUUUCUCUCCAUUCUGUUCCCCCUAACCGUGUUCCCUGGGGCAGGCGCCCACUGGAUUCUGUUCUUCCUUGAAGAAAUUUCUAUUCUCAUAAACAUAUACGCAUGGCGCCCUUUCUGCUUCUCGGCUGAGUACUCCAAGGAGAUCAGAGUGAUCCCAACUUGACUUAACGUUGGCUGCUUUACCAAGCCUCUUUUGUUUGUUUGCUUCCUUUUAAUUUUGUUUUUUAUCACAGUAAUCCAUAUGCAUCUUUUUUGAUAUCAGACAAUACCGAGGGGCUUAUGAGGAUGGAGCAGCAAGCCCCGCGCCCCCCUCGCUCCCCCACUCAAGCCCUCCCGACGGUUAACCAUUUUCAGUUCUUUUAGUUCCUCCUUUCUGAUAUUCACCUUCAUGUUUAUCCUACUACUUCUCAGUUUACCAAUUUUAGAUGUUAUCUGUUGCCUCCGUAUUCUUGCCUUUCCUGCUAAUAUCAUUCUGUCACAAUUUGGGAGUAAAUCCACAAUGUAAAUAUGUUCCCUGCUGAGCUGUUACCUCCUUAAAAAGAGUUAAUUAUUGUUCACCAACUUGAUUUUCUCUGUGUCUAGCUCCGAUUCUUCCCAAUACACCAAAAAUUGAGAAAACACCCAUCAGAUAUUUGAUCUAUUUGUUCACUAAUGGAUUCCGGGGUUUUUUUCUAGACACUGGGGUGUCUUGCCAGUGAAAUUCCUUAAAGCUUUUUUCAAAACAAAUGAAAAUUUAGUUUGUUUAAACUUAUUAAAAUAACUCCGUGGUGCCUCUUUUGAGAAAUCUUCCCUGAUCCCCCUCCUCCCCAAGGCUGCCCUCCUCUGGGCCUCCACAGCCCCCCGUUCUUGUCCUCACACACCCUGUAGUGCCCUGAAUUGUCACUGCCUCUUUUCUUGCCCACUGCUCUCCCUACGCUCCCCCCACACUAUGAGUCCUUGAGGGUCUUAUCUCUGCUGUCUCCCUGGGAAUACACAGGAGCUGGCUGGCACACAAUAGGUGCUCAAUAAAUGCUUGUUGGAUUGAAAUGCAAGAGUGGUCUUAUGGUCCUAUGCUCCGGGGUUCCGUGACCUUGCCGACCCUGUGCUCCCUGGCAUUUUCCACGUGGCCCUGCCCUCCUGGUAGGGUUUGGGGGCCCUUUGGGGUCUGUUCCAACUUAACAACAGCCUUUUCCUCCCAGGUCUGUGGUGCGUGCCUCACCCACCCUCCCGCUGCACUGGCCUCAAGCACCUCAGGGCCUUGGCUUGGUCCUCCUCGCUUUGUAGUCCCAGCCCGCACCGCUGAGCUUGGCACAGACUGAUUGCUCAAUAGAUGAGUGAGGUUGAGGCUCGCUCAGUCGAUCAAUCGAUAAGCCAAUCAGCCUUCCUCCACUCCGUCUCUGUCCCCAGACGUUUCUCAUUAUCCGGCAUUCGGAUGAUCAGAAGGAGAAAGGAAAAAGAACGCUGUGCAUAAAGGCGACCCCAUUUCAGGUUUCUUCAUGACUCACCCAGUGUGGAAAGACAGCAGGAGCAGGAGAAGGAAAGAGAAAGGAAGGGGGACCAGAGGGACAUUCUGGGAGACGUCCGGUCACUAGAUGAGCUGUGUGCAGGCAGGGACCAGCCCGGGCACUGCCCGCCUCUGGGCUCAGCCCCAGGCACAGCACGCCGUGGAUACCCAGUCAGAGCUGACGUCUGACUGCAGGAAGGAGGGAAGGACAGAAGUCCAAAUCCAGGCCUGUGUUGCAAAAGGGGCAACUGUCCGGACCCUUUUUCCUCUGGGGCACCUGUCCAUCCUGCAGUCUCUGGGUCCUGGCUAACUCAGGAAAGUGCUGAUCCGCGAUGUGGUAAUAAGCCUCAAUAUCCACAGAGGCCCCUCCCUUGUAAGGACACCGAUUGACAGCUGGCAGCCAGGGAAAAGGACUAAUGCAACCUCUCCCUCCCGGCCCGAGGGCCUGGUGCUUCCUUGGAGCAGCCCCUGGAGAGGAUACCCCAUCCUCAGAAAGUCGUUCAUUCCCCCUGUGCCCGUGCCUGCUGUGUGCGCCCCGCAGCUGGAGAUGGAGAACUGCGCAGACACAGCCCAGGCCAACCUCCAGGCUCACUCGCACCCUCCUCCCCUCCCUCCUUCCUGGCCCCCGGCUCUCAGCCAGAGCAGGAGAUCCGAGAGGGCCAAGCCGCCUGCGGAGACCAGGCCUCUCCACCUUGGCUCACCCGGGACCCAAUGGGAGGAGGCCACAGCCAGGCAGCCAGGGCCAGGGCAGGCGUGGCCCACCCUGCAAUCAAGCUGCUGGCUGCUGGCUUGUGCCCGCUGCUCCCAGAGAGUGAGCACUUCUCUGGUGGGAGCCGUGAGUUUGGGGGGAAGCCUUUAAAGCAACUCUUUGAUGCAUCCCCAGUGGAAGUGAAUUUAUUUUUUGUACUUUUCGGAAUUAACUUGCCAUUCUCAGCCUCUCCCUCCCUCCCUCUCUCCCCAGAAAGGAGAGAAGGAGAAAAGAAGAGAGGGUCUGCAUUGUCGCCGUGAUUGGCACCUUCUGUGAAUGAGGGGUCACCGCGUCGGCUGCUCCUUUUCAAGCGGCCCCUUUCUCCCCUGCACGCCGUAUUCACGCCGGAACGUUCUUUCUCUCAAAGCUUCUGUCUUUCCCUCCCGCUUUGAGUCUCUGCCUUCCUUCCCCACUUUCCUGCCUUUCAUUCUGAGCUCUCGCCACCUCCCUCGGGGACCGGUCUCUUGUCGCUCUCUUUUUUCCUCUUUUCUUCUUCUUCUAUUCAGUUCCUUUUUUUUUUCCUUUUUGCCUCUCUCUUUUUUCUUUCAUUUCUUUCUUCUUUUUCUUUUUGAAUAGUGCUUCUGUUUUCCAGGGACCGGACGAGUAGAGAAGUCGGUUUGUUUGAGGAAGGGAGAAUGUGAAUGUUUUUACUUUUCUCCAUUGCUCUAAAUGCGUAAAAAAAAAAAAAAAGCCACCAUGCAGGAGACGCGGUUCCUGCCUGGAGAGGGCAGGGCCUUUGGGAAGGGACUCUGCCAGACGAGAGGGAGCUUUUCAUCACAAGUCGGGCCGUUCUCUCCGAGAAACCCCGAAUCAGUCACCAGGGCCGGCUGUCAAGGGCCUGGGGCUGCAGCCUGCAGGAUUCAGACCUGGCCCUGGGGGCAGUCUCACUUUCUGCUUGGCCCCAGGGUGGGCCUCGAUAUGGGGGUGAGGAUCAGAGGUGGAUGUGGAUCCCCCAAACCUCCCUCCUCUGCCGGCGGGGGGCUGGCUUUCCCAGCGAGGGAGCACCCAGUGGGGGCCGUGGGAACAUGGUGCAGGGGCUGAGUGUGAGCAGGAAGGCAGGCCACAUGCAGCACCACCAUGGUCUAGUGUGUCCCCGGCUGCAGGGGGAAGUGGGCCCCAUGGAAAACGACGUGGAGUCCUGGAGGGGAGCCUGGAACAGCAGAAAGGAGGCAGCUGGGACAGGUGGAUGGCUCCAAGGAGGCAAGCAAGCCUUGGGGUUUAUACAGGUGGCAAAUGAUGGAAGGUUUGACAUCGAGGAAAUGUUGUGGGGGCUGGGGAUAGAGGGGCAGGUCUGUGACAUCAGCACGGAGAUAAGAGUUGGGGUAGAGGGACACGUCUGUGAUAUCAGCAGGGAGGUGAGAGUUGGGGUAGAGGGACAGGUCUGUGACAUCAGCACGGAGGUGAGAGUUGGGGUAGAGGGACAGGUCUGUGACAUCAGCACGGAGGUGAGAGUUGAGGUAGAGGGACAGGUCUGUGACAUCAGCAGGGAGGUGAGAGUUGGGGUAGAGGGACCAGUCUGUGACAUCAGCAGGGAGGUGAGAGUUGGGGUAGAGGGACCGGUCUGUGACAUCAGCAGGGAGGUGAGAGUUGGGGUAGAGGGACCGGUCUGUGACAUCAGCACGGAGGUGAGAGUUGGGGUAGAGGGGUAUGUCUGUGACAUCAGCACAGAGGUGAGAGUCGAAGCCACGGGAAGAGGGUUUCUCCAGGGGAGCGCCUGUCGGGUAAGAAAGCCAAGGCUGAGGCCUGAGCCCGGGACCACUGGGAUAGAAGGGGGAAGAAGCGGGCAGAGAGAGGGGCAGCUGUGAGUGGCCAGAGCCAAUGGGGACAGCAGGGCGGCUGCCAGGUCAGGAGGAGGCCUGAACCAGAGCCUCUGCAUUUGGCAAAGGCUCACCUGUGACCUUCGAGAGGACAAUUUAGGUUCAGUGGAGGCAACGGAGAGCAGGGGUCGAGGAGGCGAUGGAGGCCGUAGGACUUGAGCUCCUGUUCAGGGAGUGGAGGGAAGGCGAGAGACCGGGCAUCGGCAGGAGCUGCAGCCUGGCCGUGGUGCCUGCGAGGGAAGGGGUGUGAGUGGAACAGGCUUGACCGAAGGGGGAUGGGGGGCAGGCCUAGAGGAGACAGGGGCUGGCUCUGGGGCCCAUUUCUUUCCUGCAUGGGGAGGGCCUCAGGCUGCAGGUCUGGAAGAUGCUUCACCCCUCCUCAGAGCGCAGGAGAAAGGGGUAGGUUUGCAGCUCUAGGUUCCCGGGACCAUGAGGACCUCAGUCUAGCCCAGAAUUGCCCAGGGGCCCCAGGAAUGGCCAGAACACUUGGGGAAACAGGGAACUCUGGGAAGGAGGCCUGGGCUGUGCGGCCUGGGCGACGUGGAUCGAGGGCUGCAGGCUGGGGUGUGCCAGCUCAAGCCACUGGGCCUGGAGAUCUGGGCCCUUGGGGCCUCCGCGAGCAAGCCCUGUGUCUCCUCCUCUGCCACACCCAGCAGGGCGGACUCAUAGUGGGCACCUCCUAAAUGUUUGUUGGAGAGUGAAUUGAGUUUGUCCUUAGCAGUGGAGUGGACACAGCACUGCACACGGCCAAGUGCUGUGAAAAUCGGAGAGGCCCGUACCAAGGGGGGAGGGGCAGCGAGGGAAGGGGCGACAUCCUCCCCAAGGAAGACAGGCAGGGCCCAUGCAGGAAGGUGGAGGGACGAGACGGUGCCAGGCAGGGAGGGUGGCACGAGCAGGAAGGGGUGGUGACCAGGCCAGACAGCAGGCCCAGGUCGAGGAAGAAUGUCCGGGAGUGAAUCUGAACCCCCCGGAGAGUGAUUUCUUCAGGAAGCACAUGGUGAGCACCCACUGUGUGCAAGUUUGGUGGGUGACACACGCUUCAGGGGAGGAGGGCCUGGGGCUCCAAAGGGCUGGGGAGAAGGCUGUGUCCUCCCUCUGCGUCCGGGUCACUGAGACAAGGUGACGUGGGAAAAGGUGGCAUGAGUGUGGCUGUCUGGGGACCACAGGGGUUUCCACUCCAGGAAAGGGAUCACGAUGCCCGGGGAGCGGGGCACUAUCCCUGCAGAGUCUCUGAGACCGGAGAUCCGAGACUGGAGCCAGGUGGGGAAGGCCACCACGGCCCUUCCUGGCCCCUUACCUACUUCUCGAGACACCUGCUGGCAAACACCGAGCCUGCCAGAGAGCCUGCCAGGGCGGGCCGGCUGCCCAUCAGGUUUUUCCAGUUCAGGCAAGAACAUCUCCCCACACCCCAUUGAGGCGCCCACACGCCCUGGCCUGGAGAUGAAAGGGGACCCUGUCCUGUGAAGGCAGCUGGCGCCUGGCAGGGGCACGGGGCUCUGCAUUUGGGAACAGCCUUUGGAGGCGGACAUGGUUCCUGGGCCCCAGUUUCCAGGGUGACCGAGGACCGGGUGGUCAAUCCCUCCUUCGAGAACUGGCAUCAAGGAGCGUGGCUCCUACAGGAACUGGCUUUGUGGCCCCAGGCAAGUUACCCAGUGCUAAUAAUAGGAGCCACCAGGCCUGGUGCAGGUUCUGCUGCCAGCACUUUGCAUAUUUCACUGGGAAGGCAGGUGCUCAGUACCACCCCUGUGUAGCCAGGAGAGAGUCACAGCCCUGGGAAGUCGCAGACCUGGGAUCUGAACACACGUCUUCAGGUCCCAGUGUGAGCUCCAAACCAUUGCUUCUCAAUCUUUUCUCUUAAUUGUUAUGAUUUCUAAUCCUCGCAGACUGGUGACUUAUCAACCCUUCCUGGCUAUCAUGGCAAUGUCAAAUUGCUAUGGAAGUUUCAAAAUGCUACUGUCAUUGCUGUGGAAGCUGUCACCAGGAGCACAGCUCUGAAGGCGUUCUUAACCUUUCUGUGCCUCAGUUUCCUUAUCCGUAGGACGAGGGUGAUGGUCAGUAUUAAAUUAGAUAAUGCACUUUGAGUUGGCACAGGCUGGCACUGUAACUCUUAGGACCACCAGCCAGUCCGCUGACAUCUGGAUUUUGCCAUCUGUCGAAUGAGAACAAGAGGGUUGCCCACACAGAUGCUGCCCGUAUGGAUAGCUGCUCAGAACCCGGCAGGGAGGACCCCGUGGCAUCAUGCCUGGGAAGCGCUUUGUAAACUGUAGAGGGCUGUGCCGGGGUGAGUGGACGUGCUCCUUCCCAUGCCCAGCCUGUCUUUCUGAGUUCCAGGAGAACUUGUGUUUCAUCCUGCGCUGUGGCACCCAGCAGGGACUCCACCCUGAGUGCUCCUGGCCCAGGACACUGCCCAGCCAGUCCUUGCCUCUCAGCAAGCGAUGCCCUCCUAGCCAGCCGCCGAGGGAUGGAGGGCUUCAUGGACUCAGGGACACAGACCGAUGCCGUGGUGGUGCUGUCCUUGGCUCAGGCUGCCGUGCUGGGCCUGGUCUCGGAAAAUGAGCUCUUCGGAGCCACCAUAAGCGCCGAAGCCUUCUACCCGGACCUGGGGCCUGAGCUGUCCGGGGCGGCUGUCGGGGAGCCCAGGACCCAGGGCCCCGACGUCUACCAGCUGGCCUGCAACGGGCGCGCCCUGGAGGAGCCGGCGGAGGAGGAGGUGCUGGAGGUGGAGGCGGCCUUCGAGAAGCACACCCGGCGGAAGACACGGCCGCCCGUGCGCCUGGUGCCCAAGGUCAAGUUCGAGAAGGUGGAGGAGGAGGAGGAGCAGGAGGUGUACGAGGUGUCCGUGCCCGGCGAUGACAAGGAUGCGGGCCCCGCGGAGGCUCCCGCGCAGGCGGCCGGGGGCGGCUGCGAGGCCCUGGUGCAGAGCAGCGCGGUCAAGAUGAUCGACCUGAGCGCCUUCAGCCGCAAGCCCCGGCCGCCGCGGCCUCCCGCCCGAGCACCCCGGCCCGAACUAGCCGCCGCCGCCUACGAGCCCCGCUUCCCCGAGCCGGCGCGCCACGGCUUCCCCGAGCCCGGCGUGGCGCUGCCCGGGCCCGAGGCCUUGCCGUCAGAGUGCGGCUUCGAGCCGGCGCCCCUGGCCCCGCUGAGCGACCCCGAGGCUCCCGCCAUGGAGUCCCCGGAGCCCGUGAAGCCGGAGCAGGGCUUCGUGUGGCAGGAACCGGCCGAGUUCGAGGCGGACGCGGCAGGCUCGACGGCCGAGCGCCACAAGAAGGCCCAGCUGGACCGGCUGGACAUCAACGUGCAGAUCGACGACUCCUACCUGGUGGAGGCGGGCGACCGCCAGAAGCGCUGGCAGUGCCGCAUGUGCGAGAAGUCCUACACGUCCAAGUACAACCUGGUGACGCACAUCCUGGGCCACAACGGCAUCAAGCCGCACUCGUGCCCGCACUGCAGCAAGCUCUUCAAGCAGCCCAGCCACCUGCAGACGCACCUGCUCACGCACCAGGGCACGCGGCCCCACAAGUGCCAGGUGUGCCAGAAGGCCUUCACGCAGACCAGCCACCUCAAGCGCCACAUGCUGCUGCACUCGGAGGUCAAGCCCUACAGCUGCCACUUCUGCGGCCGUGGCUUUGCCUACCCCAGCGAGCUGAAGGCCCACGAGGUGAAGCACGAGAGCGGCCGCUGCCACGUCUGCGUCGAGUGUGGCCUGGACUUCUCCACCCUGACCCAGCUCAAGCGCCACCUGGCCUCCCACCAGGGCCCCACCCUCUACCAGUGCCUCGAGUGCGACAAGUCCUUCCACUACCGCAGUCAGCUGCAGAACCACAUGCUCAAGCACCAGAACGUGCGGCCCUUUGUGUGCACGGAGUGCGGCAUGGAGUUCAGCCAGAUCCACCACCUCAAGCAGCACUCACUCACCCACAAGGGCGUGAAGGAGUUCAAGUGCGAGGUGUGCGGCCGGGAGUUCACCCUGCAGGCCAACAUGAAGCGGCACAUGCUGAUCCACACCAGCGUCCGGCCAUACCAGUGCCACAUCUGCUUCAAGACCUUCGUGCAGAAGCAAACCCUCAAGACCCACAUGAUUGUCCACUCACCCGUGAAGCCAUUCAAAUGCAAGGUGUGCGGGAAGUCCUUCAACCGCAUGUACAACCUGCUGGGCCACAUGCACCUGCACGCGGGCAGCAAGCCCUUCAAGUGCCCCUACUGCUCCAGCAAGUUUAACCUCAAGGGCAACCUGAGCCGGCACAUGAAGGUCAAGCACGGCGUCAUGGACAUCGGCCUGGACAGCCAAGACCCCAUGAUGGAGCUGACGGGCACUGACCCAUCGGAGCUCGACAGCCAGCAGGAAAUGGAGGACUUCGAGGAGAACGCCUACGCCUACGCGGGCGUGGACGGCAGCGCCGAGGCCAGCGUCCUCACCGAACAGGCCAUGAAGGAGAUGGCCUACUACAACGUGCUAUAGCACAAGCUGGGCUGCCCGAAGCGGGCGAGGCGCGCCGGGGUGUGGGGGUGAGACCACGUGCUGCGGGCUGCCCCGCCCGCGGCGAGAAACAAGCUACUGCCCCACUGCCCUGAGCCCUGCCUGCCUGCCCAGCCGUUUGCACCACUAGGGACAUCUAGACCAAAUGGAGACUGUACUACUGGCCUCAGCUGUGAACCGGGCCCGGGCCCCAGGCGCUCCAGGGAAGGAAGAAUGACACAGGAGGCCCGGUCUGGGUCUCCGUGGCCUGCUGCUGUGGGCGGAUGGGAGAGAUGCUGAUGGGGGCCACUUGGGGACAAGUGACAAGGGCACAGGUUCUCAGGUCUCUCCGGGCCCAGCAGAGCUGGGGCAGCCAGUGUGGGCAGGGCCUUCCUGCCGGCUCCUCAGGGUCCCGACGCUGGGGCAAGAGAUCGUUGAGCCAUGCCUUGUUCCUCCUCUGCACCGACGCCUGCCUCUCAGGAUGUCUGAGCCCCUGUGCUGGUCAGCACUGCCCCGCACCCCCGCCGGCCCCUGGGCUCCAAAAAGCCCCGGCCCCAGAGCCCCCGCCCCCGUCCUCAGCCAGCCAGGUGGCGCCCUCUGCCUUCUACCUCCUGGUGCCUCCCGCGCCCUCCUCGAGCCAGGCGUGCAUGCACCCCAGUCCUGGCCUUAGGAGAGCGGGGUACAGCCCAGCCCCCAGCUAACACCCUCUCCAGUCAACUCCCAGAAGGCCCCCGUCUUACAGCCCUGUUUGGAAGUAGGUGUCCCUAACGUGGAUUUCAACAAAUGUCAUCCAGUUCUGUCUUGAACUGGGGCACCACACCAGGGUCCCCCAAAGUGAACAAAGCCGGGAUGCGCCUUGCAUCAGGCACGCGCUAAUAACACAGACAGACGGAGGACCCUGAGUGAGGGGCCGGGCACAGUGAAGGGAUCAUGAGGGGCUGUCCUCAGAGGAGGCCGAAGACCACCUGUAUGCGGGGAGGGGGGCUGGAGUAUUUUCUUAAAACAAGUAUCCAUUUUGAGGACGGGACAGCCAAGAGUCAGCAGGCUCCCCGGGAAGAGCAACAUAUAUAAAAAGGAAAAUGAAAACCAUAGAGAAAACAAUUUUUUUGAGCAAUGGGGGUAUUUUGAAGGUAAUUUAUUUUUUCUCCCUUCCAAUUCUGUGUCACCUAUUAUCUUUUCUGACGGAGAUCAUUUUCUUUUCCCCAGCGGAAGCUUGCUUGUGUGCUGUGCGUGCUUUGUGCCUCCCCCACCCAGAGCGGCCUGGCCAGGCAGGACGCGGGCCUGGAGGGGCAGCUGCUAGCAGGAAGCCUCAGGCGGCCAGGACGGGAGGCCAGAGAGGCAGGGCUGAGCGGGCCCUCCCCCUACCCUGCCCGGCCCCUCUUGCUGAUGACCCUCUGCAUCACCCCUGCAGUGGCCAGGGCCGCUCCAUCCUGCUCAGCCAGAGGCUCGCUCCCUCGCUUGCCCACUCAUUGCCUCUGUCCCCACACCAGCUCCUGUCCCUGGAACCCCAGACAGGCCCAAGGCAGUGAAAUAGCACAUUCAGGAAUGCCAGGGCACCCAGACUCCUGCCCGCUCACCUCCUGAGGCCUCAGAGGGGAAGGGCAGGCAGGGCCGUCCCCAAAGGCACAGAAGGAGGUGAAGCCACCAGCUUCAGCCCAGAAACCAGGCAGCGGGGGGGAACAGCCAGGGGUGGGAUAACCAGUUUGAAAUGCAGCUACCCCCCCAGGCUGUGUCCUUAGUGAAGGACCAAGCUAGGCCUCAGGGUGGCCGGGAUCAGGUCUGAGGGGGAGCACAAGGGGCCUCUUCCUUCUCUGCUGGAGUUGGUGUGAAGCAGCAAACAAGAGGGCUGGGGGCUCAUGGGAGCCUCUUCCCAAGUGUGGCUCUCCAGACCCCGAGGCCCCCCGGCCUCCCAGGUGCCCGCCAUGAUGACCCUCAGGUGGCAGUGACGCCGUCACUGUAGAAGACAUUUUCUCCUGCUGAGCAGAAGCAUCGUCCCCUGCAAACUACCUCUUCCCACAACGUCUUUGUCCCCUGGUACCAAAAAGAACCCUGUACCUCCACCCCUUCCUCCUCCUCUUUCCUGCCAGCCCAGUGGCCUUGGUCUUGGCAACCCAAGGGAGAAGGUCUGGCCCCCAGGGUGGGGCUUUCCUCCCCCCCUACACCCCGCCCCGCCAGCAGCGCGGCCCUCUGCGAGGUUCCAUACUUGAACGCCCCCCUGCCCUGUGCCUUGGACCUGGGCAAAACUUCGAGAAGGAAGCAGCACAACUCACGACUUGAGCCGGGGGGUGGUCUCGGCAAGGCUCCCGUCCUCACUCCUGCCCGACCUUUUCGAGAGAGGCGCACGCGGCCUCUUGGGUGACUUGGAAACUCCUGGACGAAUUCCAUUCUAACUUAUUUUGACAUGUAUACAAACCAACUGUUUAGAAAUUCCACUUGUGCAAAGCCCUACUGUGUUUUUACGUUCCUGUUUAAAAAGAGAAGUUUACUUAGCAAUAAUUAUAAAUAAAUGGAUAUUCUUUAGUGA